UUGCACCUCACUUCCCUUCCCUUUGCAUCAUCUACGCUCUCCCUCACUUCCCCUCUGCAUCUACGUUCGCUAAAGUCUUUGCCUUCUCAGAUCUGUCUAUAUAGGCCAUUGACAAAGGCAAUCGAGCUCAGUGAAUAGUGACCUUGUUCAGACAUGGUUAUCCCACCUCCAGUCAGGCCUUCCAGGAUUACAAGUUUUCUCAAACCUUAUGUUCUGAAGAUGCAUUUUACCAAUAAGUAUGUGAGUGCCCAGGUGAUUCAUACCCCAACUGCUACUGUGGCCUCUUCCGCAAGCUCCCAAGAGAAAGCCUUGAGAUCAAGCUUGGAAACUAGACGAGAUGUGGCGGCAGCUGCAAAGAUUGGGAAGAUACUAGCGGAACGCCUUUUGUUUAAGGACAUACCUGCUGUUACUCUUCACUUGAAGAGAGAACAGAAGUAUCAUGGUAAGGUUAAAGCGGUUGUUGAUUCUCUCAGGGAAGCUGGCGUUAAGCUGCUUUGAGUUGUGAUUGUGUGUUUAUUUGUACCUGAGGG